AUGUCGACUGCACGUGUUGCUCUCGCCGCCGCUCUUCUGACGUGUUUCGUCGCGCUUCUCGUCGCUCCUCCUGGCGCAUCCGCCACCGCUCAGACCGCGUUUCUCGUUGCCAAAGCCAAUAAGCUGCGCGCCGCAGCAGAUCAAGCCGCGGCGGACCUGAAAACCGCGCAAGCCGACGCCGCCAAAAACGCGGAGGAAGCAGCCGCCGCCGAACAAGCGCUGUCCGAUCUGCAGAGUCCGGAAGAUGCGGCUCUCAACGACCUCGUUACAAGCGUCUCCAACACAAACGAAAGCGUCUCCGAUGCACAGUACGACCUCGAUAUCGCAAACAAGGUUCUUGCUCUUCGGAUGGCGGACCUUGCGGCGUUCAAGGCUGAUCCCUCGAAGCACCCGCAAAUCCCGGCGGCGCAGAAGGCUGUCAGCGACGCUACUCGCCGCGCGAAAAUGACGUCAGCGCUGCUACAGGAGUGGCACCUGGUCGUGCAAGAGGCAGCGCAAUCGGAAGCGGAUGCGGAAAAGGCUCUCAAGGAAAACCCGGACUCGCCAGCGGCGGAAGCGGCUCUCGCGGAAGCGCAGGUUUUGCGCAAAUCUGUGGAGGAGGUGUUCCCGGAUAUGGUGGCGCAAGAUCAGCGCGCGCAGGCGCGACUGGAGCGCAUGCAAAAGGAAUUGAACGACCUGAUCACGCUGGGUCCGCAAGGAGAGACCGUUUUCCAGGUUGCAGUGGACGAUGCAAGAGCUGCGGUUAGCGUCGCCCGCCAGGUGUACGACGAUUUGCUUGCUGCUGUCACUGACGCGCAAAAGGCUGUUGACGAUUACCAGGCGAACAAGCAAAAGGCGGUUAUUGAAGCGAAGGCGCGCUUGGCGAAGGCGAAACAGAGCCAGGCUGUCGCAGACAAGAAGGUGAUUCAGCUCACGGAUAAGCUCAAGGCUGCGCUGGUGCAAGCUGACAACGCGGAAAAGGCUGCUGGAAUCAGCAAGAUCGCCUAA